ACAAGAUAGUGUGGAUUUCAGGAUUUGUGAGUUUCUCCUUCCAGCUACGACUCUCUUUUUACUCCAUGAUACGCCUCCACCCGUCGACAAUCUGAUCCUAAAAAUAAAACCACCCGUGGCUACCUUGCCCUUGCCUGCCAAGCCCCGACUCUGACAUCCUGCAGAGAAUGCCCAAUUGCAGGCUCUUCGCGGGGGGCGCGGGCUCGGCAGCAGCGGAGCUUCUCCCGGUGCAGAAUCGCCAGCCCGGCCGGGGAACCGCCAAGCCCGAGAAACAGCCCUGUUCUGCCGCAGCCGCCGCAGUCCCCGAGAGCCUGAGGAGCCCCCAGGAAAAACUGGGGCGAGCGGAGGGCAGUCUCCACACCACUGUGCUCGAACAGCUCUAUGAAGAGGCCUAUGUGGAGAGGAGAAAAAGCCUCCACCAACAGCCAGCACCAACUUGCCAGCCAUAUGUGAACUCUCGCUAUGUUGCCUCAGCUGGUCUCAAACUCCUGGGCUCAAGAGAUCCUCCCACUUCGGCCUCCCAAAAGAUGGGGUUUUGCCAUGCUUCCUAUGCUGGUCUAGAACUCAUGGACUCAACAGAUUGUCCCACCUCAGCCUCUCAAAGUGCUGGGAUUAUAGAUGGAGUCUUGUUGUCGCCCAGGCUGCUGGAGUGCAAUGGUUCAAUCUUGGCUCACUGCAACCUCUGUCUCCUGGAUUCAAGCGAUUCUGCCUCAGCCUCCCAAGUAGCUGGAAUUACAGAGAAUUAUCCUCAAAUUAGAAGGAGUAGGACCUACAUGGUAAAGAAAAAAUUUACGUGCAAGGCAGAUGAGGAAGUAAGAGAGCAUCCAGCCACUUCACACAACUUCAUUCUCUGUCUUACCAAAAGAAUGUGAAAUGUGGUGGUAGCUUUACUGGGGACAGGAGAGGUGCCAGAAGUUUGAAGAUGGACUAAUCUCCUCGUUUUCUAAAAGAAGAACCUAUAAGUCUCUGAGCACAUUUUUCCUUGGCAAAAUUCUGGAAUGGAUAAUUAGACAAAUGGUUUGUGAAUCUUUAGAAAAGUUGCAAAAACAAGGCACAGCAUAAAUUCACUAAAAAAUAAGUGGACCUAAACUAAGCAUUCUUUCUUCCUGAUAGGAAUCCUACUUUCCUUGGUCUGACACCUGCAGGGUCAAGUAUGGGCCUUGGAGUCAGCUGAGGCUGAAUUCCAAUUCCAGUUCCACCACUCCAAAAGUGACACUUGGACACCAAAUUCUCUGAGACCCUCCUGUAAUGCAAAUGUAGUGGAGCUACUUUGGGGUUAGCUCGCUCUCCCCCAGGGCCUUCCUUGAGACCAAUUUCACACAUGAUCUCAUUACAAAACAGUAACAACAAAAACCCCAACUUUGGAGGCAUUAAUAAAUAAUGGGGAUUAUAUUAUACAUAACAAAGCAAAAUAUUCAUAAAAAUCAUCUUCUAUAACCUGAGUCUGGCUGGGUGAGGUGGCUCACGCCUAUAUUCCCAGCACUUUGGGAGGUCAAAGUGGGCAGAUCGCUUGAGCCCAGGAGUUCCAGUCAAGCCUGGGCAACAUAGGAAAACCGCAUCUCUACAAAAAAUACAACAAUUACCCAGGAAUGAUGGAAGUGAGGAGCGUCUCUGCCUGGCCACCCAUCGUCUGGGAUGUGAGGAGCCCCUCUGCCCGGCUGCCCCGUCUGGGAAGUGAGGAGCGCCUCUGCCCGGCCGCCAUCCCGUAUAGGAAGUGAGGAACGUCUCUGCCCGGCCGGCCAUCAUCUGGGAUGUGAGGAGCGCCUCUGCCCGGUCGCCCCGUCUGGGAGGUGAGGAGCACCUCUGCCUGGCCGCCACCCCGUCUGGGAGGAAGUGAGGAGCGGCUCUGCCCGGCUGCCCCGUCUGGGAAGUGAGGAGCGCCUCUACCUGGCCACCCCGUCUGGAAAGUGAGGAGCGCCUCUGCCUGGCUGCCCUGUCUGGGAAGUGAGGAGCGCCUCUGCCCGGCUGCCCAACAUCUGGGAAGUGAGGAGCGCCUCUGCCCGGCCGCCCCGUCUGGGAGGUGAGGAGCGCCUCUGCCCAGCCGCCACCCCGUCUGGGAGGAAGUGAGGAGCGCCUCUACCCGGCCGCCACCCCGUCUGGGAGGAAGUGAGGAGCGGCUCUGCCCGGCUGCCCCGUCUGGGAAGUGAGGAGCGCCUCUACCUGGCCACCCCGUCUGGAAAGUGAGGAGCGCCUCUGCCUGGCUGCCCUGUCUGGGAAGUGAGGAGCGCCUCUGCCCGGCUGCCCAACAUCUGGGAAGUGAGGAGCGCCUCUGCCCGGCCGCCCCGUCUGGGAGGUGAGGAGAGCCUCUGCCCGGCCGCCACCCCGUCUGGGAGGAAGUGAGGAGCACCUCUGCCUGGCCGCCACCCCGUCUGGGAGGAAGUGAGGAGCGCCUCUACCCGGCCACCCCGUCUGGAAAGUGAGGAGCGCCUCUGCCCGGCCGCCCAACAUCUGGGAAGUGAGGAGCGCCUCUGCCCGGCCUCCCCGUCUGGGAGGUGAGGAGUGCCUCUGCCCGGCCGCCCCGUCUGGGAGGUGAGGAGCGUCUCUGCCCGGCCACCCCGUCUGGGAGGUGAGGAGCGCCCCUGCCCUGCCGCCCCGUCUGGGAGGUGAGGAGCGCCCCUGCCCGGCCGCCCCGUCUGGGAGGUGAGGAGCGCCUCUGCCCGGCCGCCCCGUCUGGGAGGUGAGGAGCGCCUCUGCCCGGCCGCCCCGUCUGGGAGGUGAGGAGCGCCUCUGCCCGGCCGCCCUGUCUGGGAGGUGAGGAGCGCCUCUGCCCGGCCGCCCUGUCUGGGAGCUGUACCCAACAGCUCCAAAGAGACAGCGACCAUCGGGAGUGGGCCAUGAGGACGAUGGUGGUUUUGUUGAAAAGAAGGGGGGGAAGUGUGGGGAAAGGAAGGAGAGAUCAGAUUGUUGCUGUGUCUGUGUAGAAAGAGGUGGGCAUAGGAGACUCCAUUUUGUUCUGACUAGGAGAAAUUCUUCUGCCUUGAGAUGCUGUUGAUCUAUGGCCUUUCCCCCAGCCCCCUGCUCUCUGAAACAUGUGCUGUGUCAACUCAGGGUUAAAUGGAUUAAGGGUGGUGCAAGAUGUGCUUUGUUAAACAGGUGCUUGAAGGCAGCAUGCUCUUUAAGAGUCAUCACCACUCCCUAAUCUCAAGUACCCAGGGACACAAACACUGCAGAAGGCCGCAGAGACCUCUGCCUAGGAAAACCAGAGACCUUUGUUCACGUGUUUAUCUCCUGACCUUCUCUCCACUAUUAUCCUAUGACCCUGCCAUAUCCCCCUCUCCGAGAAACACCCAAGAAUCAUCAAUAAAUACUUCAUAAAAAAAAAAUACAAAAAAAAAAAUUAGCCGGGCGUGGUGGCGGGCGCCUGUAGUCCCAGCUACUCAGGAGGCUGAGGCAGGAGAAUGGCGUGAACCUGGGAGGUGGAGCUUGCAGCAAACCGAGAUGGCACCACUGCACUCCAGCCUGGGCGACAGAGCGAGACUCCGUCUCAAAAAAAAAACAAAAAAACGCAUAUUUAUUGUUAGGGGCAGAGGUCAGUAAUGAAUUCUACUUUGCAUUUACUAUUGGGGACAGACUGCCAUUAUCAACCAACACUACUUUCUGUCUCUUUAAUCUCAGCACAUUUGUCAAAAAUCCAGCAUGUCUGAGUCUGUACCUCUGCUGGGUCUCAUUUUGAAUAA